GGUUGGUCCAGGGUUCCGUGUGUGCCUGCUGGGGAGGGCAGGGGUCCACUAUCUGGUCCAGAGAGCUAAAUAUGGUUGUUGUUGUUGUUGUUUAGGGCCGCGGCGAUCUAGUCGCUCACAUGAGCCCUGGUGUCGUCCUGUGAGGUCUUCACAGGCGCGUCAGCUGCCCCGUCUUCCUGAGGAGGGUGCAGGUGAGGCGGAUGACAGCUUCCUGUCGGAUGAGAAGAGCUCGCUGGAUGGGGACGAGGAGCUGCCUGUUUCCUGGGUGGCUACCAAUUUUGAAGGAGCUGUUGGGAGGCUGAUGACGGACGAGGGCUACAGACGACACGGCCUUGGCAGUCUCAUUACCACUGUAGCAGCAAGGCGACAAGCUACCCUCCUGAAGCUCAUUCCUCAUGCCUUUGUUGACGCCAGUAACGCUGCUUCUCUCGCAAUGUUUACGGGGCUCCAUGGCUGGAAGGUAACACAUGAUGGUGUAUUCUGGCUGCUUGCUGGUGUCACUUUGCAAACUUACAACCAAAGACAGUAAGCAGCUGGUCCUGAUAUCUGAGACCACCAGCUGGCAAGUGAAUGCAAAAUGUAGUUUUUCUAUGUUGGUCUACCAAUAAUGAGUUGAUUUUUAUAGAGGAAAACCUUGCAUCGGUCAUUUAUUUUCUCUCGUUUACCAAUAAAUAAAACAACGAGAAUGAUCAACAACAUUUUUGUUAACAACAGUAUCACUUGCUGUAUUGAAGUGUAAUUGUUACAUUAAGCACCAAUAGAAAAUAAGGUUAAUCUUAGGGAGCACCACUCCAAACCAAUAUUCGUAGUAAUUUAGCACGUGAAAGAAUUAUUAUUAUAAUGCAUUUUCGUAUACGUUUUACCUUGGGGAGGGGCCAGGGGAGCAAGCCUCGUUAAUUAUAAAGUCGAGUGGAUUCAAUUUUCUAAGUCCAUUGUUAUUGUUGCACGAGGGCCUCUAUAAACAGACUGAGCUACAUAGCUGCCUUGCAGUACAUCAUACAAACUAGUUCCUAAGUCAGUAAUAUCCAGAACGCGCAUGGAUCAUUACGAUUUCGGACAUAAAACGGUCUUUAAGAGUUCUACGUUAUUUUCUUCUCUAUAUUAAAGCAAAUAAUGGCGCAAGUAUUUGUAUUUUAUAAUUUUAAAGGACUACAUUCAUGAAGUGUUACUACGCGGGGUGUAUCACGCUGCCACGUAGGCAGCUUUCUGAAUCAGUCUUCCUCGGGACGCCAUGAUGAACGGUGGGAUCGACACUCAGCUUUUCUUUAGUCUCCUGAAAUUAUCAUUCUACUUCACCUCUCGGUAAGCGUUAACUGACU